UCAUCGAUACCAUAUGAAGUUGUGACAUAUGUGUGUGUCUAUAUAUAUAGAUGAAUUAUAAUCUCUUUCGGCAUGACACAAGCAUGGCUGCAAAACUAGUAAGAAAAUGUUUGGUUAUGCAGGUUUUAGUCUUCUUCCUGCUGGUUUCUGCACUUGCUUCUCCACUAAAAAAGAGGAAAUCUUUAAAAGAAAUCAAAGAAAUAAACUGUGAAGGGCCUUAUAUCGGUCUGGUUACAGUGUUUCCACCUGAAGAGACUGCUUUUCUUGCCACUGGGGCUUUCAAGCCUCACAAGACUCACCCAUUUGUGGAUUUGUCAGGCCGAAGAUUUAGGGUGGGAAAGAUCGUUGAUAAGAAAGUCAUCUACGUGAGGUGUGGAGAUGGAAUGGUAAAUGCUGCAGCAGCAACGCAACAAAUGCUGGAUUUGUUUGACAUAAAAGGGAUAGUCCAUUUUGGCAUUGCUGGGAAUGUAAAUGAUUCUUUGUCCAUUGGAGAUGUUACCAUACCCAAACAAUUUGCUCACACCGGCAUUUGGAGUUGGCUGAACCCCAGUGCACCAUCGAUCCCUGAUGCUGUUGCUCACUUGGAUGUUGCAAGAUACAAUGUACCAAAAGGUGAAGGAGCCAAUUUACUGGGAAGUUUUGCAUAUCAUUCGGAACAAUUCUUCUCCGAGCUGGGGAAACCCAAUACAGCUCGGCCUCUGGUUUGGGCACAAACAAGUCAGCAAUGGCUGGAUCUUGCUGCCAACUUGGAGGGGAUGGAACUGCAACAAUGUGUGAAUUCAAGCUUGUGCCUCCCAAAAAAGCCUAAGUUAGUAGUAGGAUUGAGGGGUUCAUCAGCCAACAUUUUUGUGGAUAAUGCGGCUUACAGGGACUUUCUGAUACGAAAUUUUGGGGUGUCAUCAGUUGACAUGGAGAGUGCAGCUGUAGUAAUGAAAACAACUAACAGAGCGGGUGAUUUUACAUUUUCUUUCCAGACAAGCUUGUCAAAUGGCUUUCCGGUGGUAGUCAUUCGAGGACUAUCAGACAUGGCUGGAGGACAAUCAGGAGAGAAUGCAAUUCAGAUAUUCGGAUCCCUUGCAGCACAAAAUGCUGUCAAAGUGGUUGUUCAGUUCAUCAAGACAUUACCAUAAUUCAAUGAUGUGGUCUCUCAAUUAUUGAGAUGUAAUAUUGUAACAUAAUGGUUUGUCAAACACAAAUAAUGGAAAAAUGUGAUAGUUGAUUAUAUUUUUAAUGCUAAUAAUGUUUCACAGAGUUCAAACA